GGCGGCGGCGGCGGCGGCGGCGGCGGCGGCGGCGGCUGCUGCUCCAGACACCUGCGGCGGCGACCCCCCGGCGGCGGCGCGGAGAUGUGGCCCUUGGUGGCGGCGCUGUUGCUGGGCUCCUGCUGCUGCGGUUCAGCUCAGCUACUGUUUAGUAAAGUCAAGUCUGUAGAGUACACUCUAUGCAAUAAAACUGUCACCAUUCCUUGUGUUGUCCUUAACGUGGAGGCCCAAAGCACUGAAGAAAUGUACGUGAAGUGGAAGUUCAACAGAACAUACAUCUUCAUCUACGAUGGAGGUAAAAACAGCUCUACUCCAGACCCAAACUUCAGCAGUGCGAAAAUCUCGGUCUCAGACUUACUGAAAGGUGAUGCCUCCUUGAAAAUGGAUACGAAUGACGCCGCCGUGGGGAACUACACGUGUGAAGUGACAGAGUUGUCCAGGGAAGGCAAGACAGUCAUAGAGCUGAAGUACCGUACGGCCGUCAACCCUGACCAAGGAUCAGCCUGUUCUAACCACACUACCCCGGCAGGGGACGAGAAGGAGAAAGGAGGUUGCAGAUUAGUUUCGUGGUUUUCUCCAAAUGAAAAGAUCCUCAUUGUUAUUUUCCCAAUUUUGGCUAUACUCCUGUUCUGGGGAAAGUUUGGUAUUUUAAACUCACAUCCCCUGGGACAUCACCAUUGUGGUGGGAAUGACGUCUUCAUCCACAUCACACUUAAAUAUAAAUCCAGUCGUACAAACAAGAAAAUCAUCCUGCUACUCGCCACUGGGGUGGUGCUCACCGCCAUCGUUGUUGUCGGAGCCAUUCUUCUCAUUCCGGGAGAAAACCCUGUGAAGAAUGCUGCUGGACUUGGCCUCAUUGUAAUCUCUGUAGGAAUAUUAAUACCACUUCAGUACAAUGUGUUUAUGACAGCUUUUGGAAUGACCUCUUUCACCAUUGCAAUAUUGAUCACCCAAGUGCUGGGCUACGUCCUCGCUUUGGUUGGAUUGUGUCUCUGCAUCAUGGCCUGUGAACCAGUGCAUGGCCCCCUUUUGAUUUCAGGUUUGGGUAUCAUAGCUCUAGCAGAAUUACUUGGACUAGUUUAUAUGAAAUUUGUCGCUUCCAACCAGAGGACUAUACAACCUCCUAGGAAAGCUGUAGAGGAACCCCUUAACGCAUUUAAAGAAUCAAAAGGAAUGAUGAAUGACGAAUAGGUGAAGGGAAGUGAUGGACGGUAACUUGAGAGUCAGCAGUGAAGGGAUACACUUGUGUUUCAGCACCAUGGCCCGGAUUACUCACAGCUGGAAAGAAGAACACAAACCGCAGUAACUGACUUUCAUCUAUGAAAGAACAUUUCAUUGACCCAUAGAUGAUUAUGACAGUUAAGUUUCUAUUCAAAGCAGCUGUAAUUUACCUAAUAAAAGAAUUACGACAUGUGUUGUGUAA